AUGGAGCCACAACAGAUAAGAGAGGGAUACUUGGUGAAAAAGCGCACAGUAUUAAAUUACUGGACCGCUAUGUGGGUGGUGCUGUCUGAAGACGGGCUGGAGUUCUACAAGAAGAAAACGGACCAGUCUCCCAAAGGGAUGAUCCCCCUGAAGGGGGCCACGCUCAUCAGCCCCUGUCAGGAGUGCGGCACUAGAAUGUUGGUCUUCAAGCUCACCACGCACACGAAACAAGACCAUUUCUUCCAAGCAUCGCACGUUGAAGAGAGAGAAUUGUGGGUGAAGGACAUCAGAAGUGCCAUUCGGUGCCUGCAAGGCGGCAAGAAGUUCGCCAGGAAAUCCACAAGACGCUCCAUUCGCCUGCCUGACACUGUCAACUUGAAUGCACUGUACACUCAGUUGCGAGACCAGGAUGAAGGGGUGAAAGAGUUAAAGCUGGAGCAAGAUAAUAGAAUCUUCAACCACUGCUUCACUGGUUGUACAGUGGUGGAUUGGCUCAUAUCCAAGGAGAAAGCCAGGAACAGGCCCGAGGCGCUCAUGUUAGCUACGGGACUCCUGAACGAGGGCUUUCUGCAGCCUGCCGGUGAACUUUCGAAGGAUGGAGCUGUGAGCGGGGAGAAAUCCCUCUUCCUGGAUCAGACUGAAGCUUUUUACUACUUUGCAGACAGUGGCUUCUUUUGUGAAGGCUACUCUAGUGAUGAGGAAACUCUUGUCAAGGAAGAAUUCAGAGGGAAUAUUGUCAAGCAAGGCUGUUUGCUGAAACAGGGCCACAAGAGAAAAAACUGGAAAGUCCGGAAAUUCAUUCUGAGGAAUGACCCUGCUUUUAUGCAUUAUUACGAUCCCACCAAGGGUGAUGAACCUCUGGGGUCCAUCCAUCUACGGGGUUCUGUGGUGACAGCUGUGGAUUUCGUACCCGAUGGUGGAUACGACGUGGACGGCGACCUCUUUGAGAUCAUCACCUCUGAUGAAACGCACUAUUUUCUGCAGGCAGCCACCGCCAAAGAGAGAAAGGAGUGGAUCGAAGCCUUGCAGGAGGUGUCCAAAAGCGGGAAGUAG